GGGACUGCCGCCGCCCUGCCCGCGAGAGCUGACACAGCCUGGCCUGGGCCAGCACAAGAAACAACCCCCCCUUCCCCGUCUGUCUGCCAGCCCUCGAUUCCGCUCCCCGGCGACGGACCUCUUUUUUUCCCAUCGAGAGAGCAACCUCCCCCCACCACCGUCGUCUGCCCGCUCCUCUGGACACGGACGCCCUCUCUGGCAUAGCAAACACCUCCCAUCUCCGCAUCGCCGGCCCUCAACGCCAAACCGCAGCACCUGCCCUGGUCGUGCCGACGACGUCUUGCCCACCAUGAACGCCGAAGCCAUUCGGAGUCGCAUCGUCGGCUCCCUCUCGGCCGACGCCAACGUGCGACGAGCUGCCGAGCUCGAACUCAAGGCGGCCGAGAGUCACGCCGGCUUCACCGAUGUCCUCGUCGAGAUCCUUGGCGCCGAGCCCCAGGAUGAUGUCCGCCUCUCGACUGUCAUCUACCUCAAGAACCGCACAAACCGCGGCUGGUCGAAAAGUGACCAUUACCCGGACGAGACGCUCAUUGCCGAAGAUGAGAAGCAACGGUUCCGUGACCGCAUUCUGCCCAUCCUGGCAGCCUCCCAGGGCCCGGCUCGGCAACAGAUUCUGCAGAUGAUCCAGCGCAUCUUGCACUUCGAUUUCCCCGGAAAGUGGCCCAACUUCAUGGACGUUACCCUGAAUCUGCUCCACGCGAACGACCCCUCCUCGGUGCUUGCUGGUCUCCAGUGUCUGCUCGUCACCUGCCGGGCCUACCGCUUCAAGGGAUCGCAAGACAACGGCCGAGCCGAGUUUGACAAGAUCGUGGAGGCCAGCUUUCCCCGACUACUCCAGAUCUGCCAGGAGCUUGUCAACCAGGAGAGCAAUGAGGCCGCGGAGAUGCUCCACAUUGCCCUCAAGGCAUACAAGCACGCAACAUGGCUCGAACUAUCCAGCUUCCUGCGCCAACACGAUGUCAAUAUCGGCUGGUGUACCAUCUUCCUGAACACCGUCUCCAAGGCCAUCCCCGCAGCUGCCAUGUCCGAAGAUCUCGACGAGCGUGAGCGACACCACUGGUGGAAGGCCAAGAAGUGGGCAUACUUCAAUCUCAAUAGACUGUGGAUCAGACACGGAAACCCUGCCAGUAUCACAUCAAAGGGCGACGACGUCACGAGAUUUGCGAAAGAGUUCGAGUCGACCAUCGCACCAGAAAUCCUCAAGCACUAUCUGCAGGAGAUUGAGAAAUGGGUCAGCAAGACUGCUUGGCUCAGCAAGCCUUGCUUGUCGUACACAUUGGUCUACUUGGAUGAGUGUUGCAGACCCAAGUCGAUGUGGACACAUCUGAAGCCUCACCUGACCAACCUCGUCACGCAUUUGGUCUUCCCCGUCAUGUGCCUUUCGGCCGAGGAUCUGGAGAAGUUCGAGGAUGAGCCGGAGGAGUACCUUCACCGCAAGCUGAACUUCUACGAGGAGGUCUCUUCGCCACAUGUCGCUGCCACGAACUUCCUCGUGACUCUGACCAAGGUCCGCAGAAAGCAGACCUUCGAGCUGCUGACCUUUGUCAACUCUGUCGUCAACGAGUACGAGCAGGCCGAGGAGGGAAAGAAGAACCAUGUCGCAAAGGAGGGUGCCAUGCGCAUGAUUGGCACGCUUGCACCGGUUCUGCUCGGCAAAAAGAGCCCUAUUGCCGACCAGGUCGAAUACUUCUUGGUCCGCUACGUUUUCCCCGAUUUCAAGAGUCCCCAAGGAUACCUACGCGCCCGGGCUUGCGACACCAUCGAGAAGUUUGAGCAGCUCAACUUCAAGGACCAGAACAAUCUGCUCGUCAUUUAUCAGAACAUUCUCAACUGCAUGGCCGACACCGAUCUUCCUGUCCGGGUCACUGCCGCCCUGGCUCUGCAGCCCCUCAUCCGUCACGACGUCAUCCGUACCAGCAUGCAGCAGUCUAUUCCGACCAUCAUGCAGCAGCUACUCAAGCUUGCCAACGAAUGCGACAUUGACGCUCUUGCCAACGUCAUGGAGGACUUUGUCGAGGUAUUCGCUGCUGAGUUGACGCCUUUCGCAGUUGCGCUUAGUGAGCAGCUGCGCGACACUUACCUCCGCAUCGUCCGUGAGCUCGUCGAAAAGAACGAUGCCCGCGCCGGUGACGAUGGAGACUAUGGUGACUACCUUGACGACAAGAGCAUCACUGCACUUGGUGUCCUGCAAACAAUAGGCACUUUGAUCCUGACGCUGGAGAGCACACCCGACGUUUUGCUCCACAUUGAGUCGGUCUUGAUGCCUGUCAUUCAAAUUACUCUCCAGAACAAGCUUUAUGACCUAUACAACGAAGUUUUUGAAAUCAUUGACAGCUGCACGUUUGCUGCCAAGGCUAUCUCGCCAACGAUGUGGCAGGCCUUUGAGCUCAUUCACGCCACCUUCAAGUCUGGCGCCGAGCUUUACCUUGAGGACAUGCUACCCGCCCUCGACAACUUUGUCCAGUACGGAGCUGGUGCCCUGGCUCAGAAGCCCGAGUAUGUCCAGGCUCUGUACGGAAUGGUGGAGGACAUGUUUUCCGACCCCAAGGUCGGCGGCGUUGACCGAAUCUGCGCGUGCAAGCUCGCCGAGGCCAUGAUGCUCAGCUUGCGUGGUAGCAUCGACCAGCAGGUCACUGGCUUCAUCAGCAUGGCCAUGAUGGUCCUCAACGGCAGUGACGUCAAGGUCAAGUCGUACAAAAUUCACCUGCUGGAAAUGGUCAUCAACGCCAUUUACUACAAUCCCAUCCUGGCCCUGCAGGUUCUCGAGAGUAAGCAGUGGACCAACAAGUUCUUCAGCCUGUGGUUCGGCAGCAUGGACAGCUUCAGCCGGGUCCACGACAAGAAGCUCUGCAUUGUUGCCAUUGUGUCGCUUCUGAACCUCUCGCCCGAUCAGAUCCCAGCAAGCGUUUCAACUGGCUGGCCACGCCUUCUGCAGGGCAUCACAACGCUCUUCAAGACGCUUCCCAGCGCCAUGAAGAACCGUGAAGAGGCCCUCAAGGACGACUUCUCGUUCGACCCAAGCAGCUACGACUACGAGGACGAGGAUGAGUGGGAUGGCGAUGAGGCCAACUGGGCUGCCGAGGAAGGUGGCGAUGAGGCCACCGAGGGCCGUGACGAGAGCACAGCUUACCUCGAAUUCCUCAACGAGGAGGCCGCCAAGUUCAGCCAGAUCGAGAAUACGUACAGAGAAGCCGAUGACUCGGAUGACGAGCUUGGUGAGGAUAGCGUCCUGCUUGAAUCGCCUCUGGACCGGGUCGAGCCUUACCAGCUGUUCCGUGGUGUUUUGAUGAAAAUGCAACAAGAGAACCCACAAUUCUACCAAGGCUUGGCGAGUCACCUUUCUGCCGAUGAGCAGGCCGUCGUCCAGCACGCUGUGGGCCAGGCUGAGACGGUCGCGGCCCAGCUCGCCGCCCAGGCGCAACAGGGUGAUGCUGCGAACGGCGGUGCUAGGUAAAGCCGUGAUGCGCUCCAAGGCGAGUUGAAGCGGCAAUGACGCCAUCUCCCGGUGUUGGUCCGGCAGGGAAGCCCUCUAUUGGGUGGUGGUGUCGGUGGUC